AUGGUUGUCUUUGACGGUCACGAGUACCUCACUGAGGAGGAGAAGCGCCUGCAAGAGGACCGCCAGCGCGAAAAGUACUGGAAGAAAUGGGGUCCCUACGUCUCGGAGCGCCAGUGGGCUACUGUUCGCGAGGAUUAUAGCCAUGAUGGAGACGCAUGGAGCCACUUCACUCACGACCACGCCCGCUCUCGAGCCUUCAGAUGGGGUGAGGAUGGUAUUGCUGGCGUCUGCGACACUCACGGCUAUCAAAACAUAACCUUCAGCUUUUGGAACGAGGAAGAUGAUUUCCUCAAGGAACGCUUGUUCGGCCUUUCCAACCCCCAAGGAAACCACGGCGAGAGCAUUAAGGAAGCGCAUUUUCAUCUUGACAACACACCCCACUCAUACAUGAAAUAUCUCUACAAGUACCCGCAAAAGAAAUUCCCUUACAAAGACCUUGUCGACGAGAACGCCAAGCGCACGAGAAAAGAGAGAGAAUACCAGAUCAAGGACACGGGGGUAUUUGACGAGGACAGGUACUGGGAUAUAUUCAUCGAAACAGCCAAGGAAACAGACGAUCCCGAUGAGCUUCUCUUCCGCGUCACUGCUUGGAACAGGGGCCCGGACCCUGCUCCGCUCCACAUUGUCCCCCAGAUGUUUUUUCGAAACACGUGGAGUUGGGGCAGAGAGCCAGACUCCAAGAAACCGUCUAUUGAGAUCCAUGAAGACAUUGCUGCCAAGUCGAACCAUUGGCGCCUUGGAGAGCGCUACCUCGUCAUGUCUCCAUCCCCGGGAAUCGGCUCCACCGGAGACGAUGUCAUACCACGCAUGAUGUUCACCGAUAAUGAUACCAACUUCAAGGAAUUGUAUAAUCAGGAGAACAAGACGCCUUACGUCAAGGAUGCAUUCCAUAAGUACGUUGUCGACAACGAGAAAGAAGCCAUCAACCCUGCCCAGACAGGAACGAAAUGCGGUGCAUGGUUCAACUUCAACGAGGACGGCGGUGUCAAUCCCGGAGAGUGCGCAGUGGUUCGAUUUCGCUUUUCCAAAAGUGGCCAGACUUUUGUCGACGAAGAAGCCUUUGAUGAGAUGAUCGAGCUGCGACGCGACGAGGCCGAUGAUUUCUAUUACCGACUCAGCCCACUGCCUAUGACGGACGACCUGCGAAACAUCCAGAGACAAGCCUUCUCAGGUAUGAUGUGGACCAAGCAACACUACUUCUUCAUUUGGGACCAGUGGGCAAACGGUGACCCUUCGAUGCCCCCUCCGCCGCCUGAUCGGAAGAAUAUCAGAAACAACCAGUGGAAGCACAUGCACUGCGAUGACAUCCUGUCCAUGCCCGAUUCCUGGGAAUAUCCCUUCUUUGCUGCCUGGGACAGCUCUUUCCACUGUAUUCCUCUGGCCAUGAUUGACCCGGAGUUUGCCAAGAAGCAGCUCGACCUCUUUACAAGAGAGUGGUACCUCCACCCGAAUGGGCAACUCCCCGCCUACGAGUGGAAUUUUGGCGAUGUGAAUCCCCCGGUGCAUGCCUGGGCCACAUUCCGAACGUUCAAGAUUGAGCGCAAAUUGUACGGUCGCCAAGAUCUUGACUUCCUUGAGCGCGUAUUCCAGAAACUGCUUCUCAACUUCACCUGGUGGGUCAACCGCAAAGAUGCCGACGGAAAGAAUGUCUUCGAAGGUGGCUUCCUGGGCCUCGACAACAUUGGUAUCUUCAACCGUUCCGAGCCGCUGCCGACAGGCGGUGUCCUUGAACAGGCCGACAGCACGGGAUGGAUGGCUUUUUACUGCCUGUCCAUGCUCAACAUUGCCCUGGAGCUAGCAAAGCACCGUCGCAUAUACGAAGACAUCGCUUCCAAGUUCUUCGAGCAUUUCAUCUUCAUUAGCGAUGCCAUGACGUUUCGAAUAGGUUCGAAUGAAGAGGCGUCUCUCUGGAACGAACAGGAUGGCUUCUACUACGACGCCAUCUCCUGGGGCGGCCCCUGGAUCCAGCAGCUGCCGGUGCGGUCGCUUGUCGGGCUCAUUCCCUUAUACGCCACCACGACGCUCGAACCGGAGCUCAUGAACAAGCUCCCGUCCUUCAAAAGAAGGGUGGAAUGGUUUGUAAACAACCGGUCCGACCUUUCCGAGAGGAACAUGGCAAGUAUCAAGAAAAGGGGAAAGGGCGACCGUAUCCUGCUGUCCAUUGUUAGUAGGGACCGUCUGGAGAAGAUCCUUAGCAGGAUGCUUGACGAGGAAGAAUUCUUCAGCGAGCAUGGUAUCCGGUCCUUGUCCAAGUACCAUGAGAAAAACCCCUUCUCCAUGGAUGUUAACGGCCAGAAGUUCACUGUUGGCUACGUCCCAGGAGAGUCUGAGAGUGGUCUCUUUGGAGGAAACAGCAACUGGAGAGGUCCAGUCUGGCUAUGCGUCAAUUUCCUCCUGGUAGAGUCACUCCAGAGAUUCCAUCUCUUCUAUGGCCCCGAGUUCCGGGUCGAGUGCCCGACUGGCAGCGGGGACUACAUGCACCUUGCCAAGGUGUCGGAAGAGAUCCAGCACCGUAUCCAGCACCUUUUCGCGAGAACUGAUGAUGGCAGGCGCCGCAUCAAUAACGGCGAUGAUUGCCUCGACUUUGAUCCUCACUGGAAGGACUACUUGUGGUUCUAUGAGUACUUUGACGGAAAUGACGGACGUGGAUUGGGUGCUACCCACCAAUGCGGUUGGACUGGGCUCAUUGCUCGUAUGAUCCAUGACACUGGCGUAAAUUGCCGUCUUCCGCAGACCCCGCGCACUCCGUCGGUAGCAAUGUCACAUUAUUUUGACGACAUACUCCAGCGGAGUCUCGACUCCGGGGUGCCCCAUUCAGCUCGAAUGCCUCAUGUGCGACGUUCGUCGACUGCUCGGUCCAUUGGGGCCCGCAGUGACUUUGACAGUUCGGUCAAUGGCGGCGACGACGAUGACGACGAUGCCAACUCUGCAGUCUGCUCGGCAUACAAUGGGGAGAAUGGGAGGUCUUCUAAGAAGAAGGAGGCCGAUACGCAUAUGCAUCGGUACAUCAGUGACCAACUUGACCGGUACAAGAAUGAGAAUGGGCACUUGGCGGACAAUGAAGAAGAGUUUGAGACCAAGGCUUGA